CUACCGCUACAACAACAUCAAUAACAACACCAGCAUUUUCAACUUCCCAAGUGAAUCAAAGAACAUCUAGAAUGACUUUACCUCCCCGUUUCAAAAACCCUUGUACGAAAAAAGCAAUAGCCGCUAAUAGGUUUCUUUUCCGUCACCCUAAUCCACGAAUGUUUAUUCUAUGCACAUCAAGAGGAAAUUAUUAUAUAAAACGAUGUGGUAAUGAUGCUGUAUGGUUUCAACCUAAUCGUACAUGUCUUUAUAUGUCCAAAGAUCUAUCUACUAAACCUACGAAAACAACUACUUUCAAACCUUCCCCAAAGCAUGGUACAGUGAAACGAGCUUCUUCAAACACAUUUGAAACUUAUUGCACUAAAGAGAAUUUAGAAUCACAUCGUCAAUACUUUCCGCAUCCUGAACCCAAUAAAUUCAUUCUGUGUACAAACCCAGGAUCUUACAUUAUAAAAGAAUGUCAUCGCCAAGCUUUAUGGUCACAGGCAAAUCUCACAUGCGUAAGAGAAGAACAGAUGAGCACACCUAAAACUACGACAGUCAAAUCUACAGUCUCAACCACAGUCAAAACCCCAACUUUAAAAGUUUACAAUCCUUCCCUGCUCAAUAAAAUUAAAAACCCUUGUACAAGAGAAAAAAUUGCUGCAAACGUAAUGUUUUUUGCUCACCCAGAUCCUCAAUAUUAUGUUCAAUGUACGACCCAUGGAACAUAUUUUGUUAAAUCGUGUGACAAUGGUACACUGUGGUCACAAGCAAAUCAAACAUGCAUACAUAGAUAUUCACAUCACUCGAUCAUUCAAAACGAGUAUGGUGGUAUGAACACUGGUAAGAGUUUAUGUACAGCAGAAGCAUUGGAAGCAGGUACUGGCUACUUUGCACAUUCAGACCCCAAAAAAUUUAUUCAGUGCACUGUACCGGGUUCGUACGUACUAAGAAACUGCUCUCCUGGGACUGUGUGGAACCAACAUGAGAUGGACUGCGUAUUCGGUGCUUCAAUACAUCAUGUAUUAACAAGUCAACUUCCGGAAACAACAAGUAAGGAUAAUGGUGAUGAAGUAGUGUGGGGGAAUUCACCUCAUUCUAAUCCAUGCACGAGGGAGUUAUUUAAAGCUCGUUUCGCUCAUCCAGAUCCAACCAAAUAUAUUCAAUGUUCCAACUGGUAUAACUUUGUUACAUUGAAAUGCAGUCCGGGAAAAGUUUGGUCACAACAGCUCUAUAAUUGUAUCUAAAUCCCUAUUCUCAAAAAUAAUUCCUAAAAUAUGUAAAGUAUCUAAUCGUAGAAGAAAAAGCUGUUAACAUUUUAAAGUUUAAGUUUUGUAGCCAUCUGAGAAACUUUUAUUAACUAUGUAUUAUAGUUUCAAAUACUAUGUUGAAAUACUGGGAACCGUUGCUAUAGAUAUCUAUUUUCUUUCGCUACUUUUUUCUUUAUUUACUAAUACCUUUUUACAGUAUCCAGCUAUGAUUUAAGUCAUGGAAUUAAGGCAUAUUAAACAACAGGGUUAACGUGACAGUUAUCUCAUUUUAUUAACUAUAAAAUAAAAUUUGAUUUAGGACUUUGUAUAUGAUUAUAUGAAUAAGCACUAUAUGUCAACGUUCUCAUGAAUUUUCUAAUAAAAUUUUCAGCCUUCUUUGUUUCCAAUCUUC